AUGAACCCGAGCUCCUCUGAAGGCGGUGGUAUUGGCGGUGGCGGUGGCGACGGCCGACCCCCGGGAGGGACGUCGAGGAAGAACGGCGACAAGACCCCUCGCAAAGUGCAGUGGCUCGACGAGAGCACGACGAACACCAGAGAAUCGGACAGGUCGACGCAUGCGCUGGAUGAGCAUGGACUAGACCCCACCGCUUUCGAAACAUUGACGGAUGCGCUGGAACGCCAUCAGUCCCUAAGCCAGCUUCCACCAAGGAGGCCGAACAUUAACACGAACGUACUGCAGGAGCAGCCAUCCAGCCCGCCACCCGCAGCCCAGCGCAUCCACUACUUCCCUCCCCGCCCGGCGACGAUGCAGCUCAACAGCGAGCCGACGCCGUUCCAGCGCGGCGACUACUUCAACCGCGCGAGCGCCCCGCCCCCGCCCUCGCACCCCCACGGGCACUCGCACAACCUCUCCACCGCGACGACGGCAACGACGACGACGAUGGACACCGAGACCGCGCCGCCCUCCCCGGUGCUGUCGCCCAUCCGGGACGUGCCCAACGCGUUUAUCGACCAGAACGAAACCGCGGGCCUGCCGGGCACGGGCGCGCUCGACGAUUACGCGAAGCACCAGGCGUCCAAGGUCGUGCGCGCGCAUACCAGCCGGCACCUGCCCUUUUUCUUCGGUUCGAGCAAGAAGAAAGAGGCCCGCACGAAGAGCCCUGCGCGGACCAAGAAGGAGAAGGAGAGGGAGAAGCGCCGCGAUGUCGAGGCCGAUGUGGAGGACCCCAUCCCCCCUCGGCGCAUGCCCGGCGGCGUCCUCUCUGCUCUGCUCACCCUCCAUGACGCUGAUCAAUCGACGCUUGUGUCCGGCACGACCACCCCUGCCCUCUCCGAUCGCGCCUCCCUCGACGAGCCCGAGCGCCCGUGGGUCCACCCGCCGAAGUCGCCCAAGUCCAAGCACUCAAAGGACGACUCCGCGGCGACCGCGGUGCGCUCGGACGUAUCGUCUAUCAGCGAGCACACCAAUUCCGACGAGCCGCUCAUCAUGCCGCCUCUCAAGCGCACGACGACCGGGGGAUCCGUGUCAUCGUGGAUCCACCGGCCGCACCAGCCUCGCCACCAGAAGAACCCUUCUGAGCGCGCGGGUGGCGGGGUAUUCGCCAGCCUGGUCGCUAGUACGGGCAACAUCAGCGGGGCUGCUGCGCCAGUGCCGUCCUCCCUAGCACCGAGUCUAAAGCGGCCGGGGUACCAUCUCUCAAGAUAUUCUCUUGAGAGCAACUUGCCGACGAAAAAGACCACGACGAAGGAGAGGACGCUGAGUCGGCCGAAAAGCAUGCACUUCGAGCCCUCGCAGGCAUCCUCGCCCGCCUCGACCUCGCCUGGCACGCCGUACUCGGAGAGCGGCUCGCAUCUGCAGAAGCGUACGCGCUGGUCUGGGGUUAUCAAGGAUCUGCCGUAUGCGAGCUCGGUGCUGAACCUGGCGACGCGUAGUGGGCGCAGCACGCCUGCGACUGCUAUGAGCACGCCAACCACGGAAGGCGGCGAGGAGUGGCUCGAUGAGAAGCAAACAGAACACGAACGCCGUCGCAAGGAGCGCCGCAAGCGGAAAAAGGCCGAGAUUUACAUUACGCGCCACGUUGCGGAGAUCAUCCAACGGCAGGAGUUCUUGCUCAAGUUUGCGCGUGCAAUGAUGAUGUUUGGUGGGCCGACACAUCGACUGCAGUCGCAGAUCCAGGCGACUGCAAGAGUGUUGGACAUGAGCAUCAGCUGCAUGUACUUGCCGGAUGUCAUGCUCAUCAGCUUCGACGACCAAUCGACGGCGACGAGUUCCAUCAAGUUCAUUCGCCAGGGUUCGACGCUCACGCUGUACAAACUGCACGAUGCGUACAAGCUGUACUGGAAGGUCAUCCACGACAAAAUUUCGGUCUCCGAGGCGUCGUGCGAGCUGGACAACCUCAUGGUGUCCAAGCCGAUGUACAACAUGCCGAAGCUCAUGUUUUUCGGCGGCAUGUGUUCGUCGGGCAUCUGCACGCUCGCCUUCUCCGGCAGCUUUAUCGACGCGCUGGUCGUGUUUCCGCUGGGCUGCUUGCUGGUCAUGCUGCAGCUCAUCAGCGUCCGGCACGAGCUGUACUCGAACAUCUUUGAAAUAACGCUCGCGACCCUGUUCAGCUUCAUCUCUGCCGGUCUCGCGUCGACGAAGUACUUCUGCUUCACGGCUGUUGCGUCUGCGUCUGUUGUGCUGAUUCUUCCGGGCUUCAUCGUGCUGUGCGGUUCUCUUGAGUUGAUGUCGCGGAACAUCAUCUCUGGGUCCGUCCGGCUGUGUUAUGCGGUCGUAUACUCGCUCUUCCUGGGCUUCGGGCUCGCGAUGGGCGCGGAGGCGUACGAGAAGAUUACGGGGCAAAGUAUUGAUACGACGGAGGACUAUACGUGCGUCAAUAGUCACGAUCCGACGGGUCCGUGGUAUCAGAAAAAUGUUUCGAUGUGGUGGGCAUUCCUUACAGUCCCCCUCUACUCUAUCUUCCUGAGUCUGCGCAACCACGCGGCUUGGAACACGAAGGAGCUGCCCGUCUUGGUCGCUAUCUCUUGCAUCGGCUGGGUGACCAACCACUUCACGGCGACGAAGUUCGUAAACCAGAACGACAUCAGUGCGGCCGUUGGCGCCUUCGCUGUCGGUGUUGUCGCGAACGUGUAUGCGCGGUUCUUCUCUGGUAAUGCGUUCGUCGUCAUGAUUACGGGCAUUCUCUUCCAACUUCCCUCGGGUCUUGGGAAUGGUGGACUGCUCUCGUUCGCCGAGAAGCAGAUCUCUGGCUCGAGCACGUCCUACCUGUCCGGCUUCCAGACGGCACUGCAGCUCAUCUCGGUGUCAAUUGGGCUCUCGGUUGGACUGGGCAUUGCGCUCUUCAUCGUGCACCCCAUCCAGUCCCGCCGUCGGGGCGGCGGCGUAUUCAGCCUGUAA